CUUUUGCUUUCUUCAACCUGUCGACAACACUCCCGAUUUUGCUCUGGCAGUGUGUUUAAAAACCAAUGGCGCUAGUUGUGAUUUGUGGGCAACCUUGUAGUGGUAAGUCAAUAGCUGCAGUAACUUUAGCUGAAACAUUGAAAGAGUCUGAAACGAAACAGAAUGUUAGGAUCAUCGACGAGGCUUCGUUUCAUCUAGAUCGCAAUCAAAACUAUGCUAACAUGCCUGCUGAGAAGAAUCUGAGAGGAAAGCUUAGGUCAGAUGUUGAUAGAUCAGUUUCGAGAGGCGAUAUUGUUAUUGUAGAUUCCUUGAACAGUAUCAAAGGUUACAGAUAUGAGCUUUGGUGUAUUGCGCGUGCUGCUGGGAUUAGGUAUUGUGUUGUUUAUUGUGAUGUGGAUGAAGCUCAUUGCAGGCAAUGGAAUAAAGAACGCAGUGGUAGAGGUGAGGAUGGAUAUGACGAUGGUAUAUUCGAAGAUCUGGUUAGAAGAUUUGAAAAACCUGAGAGAAGAAACCGAUGGGAUUCACCUCUCUUUGAGCUAUACCCGUCUCGUGAAGGAAUAGACAAAUCCUCUCCUGUGAUUUUAGAGGCUGUGACUUAUCUAACCAAGACUGUUGAUUCCAAAACCCAAGAUGUGAGAAUUCUCCAACCGAGUAUUGCGACUCAGGCUGCUAGAUUUUCAGAAGCGAAUUCUCUUUACGAGUUGGACAGAGCGACACAAGAAAUCAUCAAUGCGAUUGUGGAACAACAAUCACUUGGUGGGGCUAUAAGCAGAGUUACUCUUGGAAAUGAACUACCUCCAAUCGAAAUCAGCAGACCGAUUGGACUACCGGAGCUAAGGAGGCUUCGAAGAACGUUUGUUAAAUUGAUGGGUCAAUCGAGUCUGAGCGGGCCACCAUUACCAACUGAUGCAGAAAGUGCAAAGAGACGUUUUGUGGAUUACUUGAACAGAGAGUUUGGAGGUUUGCUUACAAUAAAAGCUCUUGUUUUGAUCCUUGGGACCAUGAAGGUUGCCUCAGUUUUUGGUCUUAGACCACGGAUCAGCGGGUUACUUUUCUUGAUCAUCGGUGUUAUUGCUCUCAUUACCAUUUUAGUACCAAAUUCAGAUGAUUCUUCUACAACUUCAACUACGCGAGUGCCCCCACACAACAUUUAUAGUAACUAUGGGAGGAUAAAGGAACAAGCAGCUAUUGAUUAUCUAGAUCUAAGGUUUUUCUCCUUAGGGGUUAAUCGGUUAAAAGAGUUUCCUUUAUGUGGUAAAGAAAGAGACAACUAUGUUCCUUGCUAUAACAUUACAGAGACUGAUCGGAGUUGUGAUUUUGUAAGAGAAGGGGAAAGAUGUGUAGUUCGUCCUCCAAGGGAUUAUAAAAUACCACUUCGAUGGCCUGUUGGUAGAGAUAUUAUAUGGACUGGGAAUGUGAAGAUUACUAAAGAUCAGUUUCUUUCGUCAGGAACUAUGACUAAAAGGCUAAUGUUGCUUGAAGAGAAUCAAAUUACAUUUCACUCGGAAGAUGGCUUGAUCUUUGACGGGGUCAAAGAUUAUGCUUUUCAAAUUGCUGAGAUGAUUGGAUUAGGAAGCGAUACUGAGUUUCCUCAAGCUGGUAUACGGACUGUGUUAGACAUUGGUUGCGGAUUUGGUAGCUUUGGUGCACAUCUAGUGUCUUUGAACGUGAUGCCUAUAUGUAUAGCAGAGUAUGAGGCAAGUGGAAGCCAAGUCCAGUUAGCUCUAGAGAGAGGCCUUCCUGCAAUGAUUGGAAAUUUCUUUUCGAAACAGCUUCCAUAUCCAGCUUUAUCAUUUGACAUGGUCCACUGUGCUCAAUGUGGGAUUACUUGGGAUAUAAAAGAUGCAAUGCUACUCUUGGAAGUGGAUCGUGUUCUCAAGCCCGGGGGUUAUUUUGUUUUGACCUCUCCUACAAGCAAAGCACAGGGAAAUUCUCCUGAAACUAAGAAAACAAGUAUCUCAACACGAGUGGAUGAGUUAUCUAAGAAAAUCUGCUGGAGUCUCUCAGGUCAGCAAGAUGAGACGUUUCUUUGGCAAAAAGCAGCAGAUCCAAAUUGCUACUCAUCUCGCUCGCAAGCUUCUAUACCUCUUUGCAAAGAUGAUGAUAGUGUUCCAUAUUACCAACCCCUUGUUCCAUGUAUAAGUGGAACCAAGAGCAAACGCUGGAUUCCUAUUCAGAAUAGGUCUACAGCUUCCGGAACAAGUUUGUCUGAGCUUGAAAUUCAUGGUAUUAAACCUGAAGAAUUCGAUGAGGAUAUACAAGUAUGGAGAUCAGCCCUGAAAAACUAUUGGUCCUUGCUUACACCUUUGAUUUUCUCAGACCACCCAAAAAGACCUGGUGAUGAAGAUCCUGUCCCACCUUUUUACAUGAUACGCAAUGCCAUGGACAUGAAUGCUCGUUACGGGAAUCUGAAUCUCGCCUUACUCAACCAAGGAAAAUCAGUUUGGGUGAUGAAUGUUGUCCCAGUUAAAACACGUAAUACUCUUCCUAUAAUACUUGAUCGAGGUUUUGCCGGCGUUCUACAUGACUGGUGUGAACCAUUCCCUACUUAUCCGCGAACAUAUGACAUGCUUCAUGCCAAUGAACUUCUCACACAUCUUAGCUCAGAACGGUGCAGCCUAAUGGACUUGUUCUUGGAGAUGGACCGGAUUCUCCGCCCUGAGGGAUGGGUUGUGCUAAGUGAUAAGCUUGGAGUGAUAGAGAUGGCGCGUACACUUGCUGCUCGUGUACGCUGGGAAGCAAGAGUCAUCGAUACUGAAGACGGUAGUGACCAACGGCUCCUUAUCCAAAUGAUGCUUGCAGAUUCUGGAGAGAAAUCAAGAGGAUGAAAAUGGAGACUGGGACUUACUUACCAGUGCAAGAGUUUAUCGGAUUACGACAUUCUUUACAUUUUUUUUCUUAUUCUUCUGUUUGCAAACAGAAUUGUUUUCAGUUUUAUUUUUUGUUCGUUUCGUAAUUGUUCCUCUCUCGUAUAUUCCCCUAAACCAAUUGUUCUAUAGAGAAAAGAAAUGACAGAACAUAAAAAGUUAUAAAAGAUAUUUCUUCUC